GUCUGACCAGUUCCCUCCAGCCUGAUGGUAUUGUUCUGGGCGGGGCUGCUGGGUUUAAAAAGCCGGAACCCACCUGAGCUGACCACAGCCCCAGCAGCCUCCUCAGACCUGCGCUUUGCACCCGGCUCUCAGCCCUGCCCUGCAGCUGUGACAUGGAGAGAAUGACUUGGGGCCUUCUCGCACUGGCAGGCCUGCCUGUGUUGGAAGCCAGUGACCCGUUUGCUGAUAAAGACAAUCCCUUCUAUUAUGACUGGGAAAGCCUACAGCUGGGCGGGAUGAUCUUCGCUGGGAUCCUGUGCAUUGCUGGAUUCUCCUUAGCCCUGAGUGGCAAGUGCAAAUGCAAGCACAAUCAGAAGCAAAGCCCCUUACCUGAGAAAGCAGCUCCACUCAUCACUCCAGGCUCUGCCAGUACCUGCUGAGCAAAGGACCAGCUUCGUGGCACUCUGACACCAGUUCCCAAGCUGUUCACUCCCCACUUGGGGGCCUUACCCUCCACGAUGGCCUUUCUCUCCAAAGGUGGGCCCUUAGGCUCCCUUUUGAUCAAGAAGCUGUCUGAAACUUAUUUGUAAAUUAAACUGGUCUCACUCUU